UGGAGCUAAAUCUUGUAUUAAUAUCUGAUCUUGUAAAUUGGUUUCUAUUUGGCAAUGCUUCGAUGCAUUGGUAUCCGCUUCAUGCAUAGUUCUCUUGCAGCCAUUCCCCGAUACUUCACCCGUACACCGACUAUGUCGUGCGACCCCAGCCACGACAUUUGUCUCCGGCUGAUUCAUUCUGCUGGCAUGGCGUGCGUCCACCGAAAAAGUGCAAAAAAAAAUCUCCUGGAAAAAGCCCUAACCCUAACCGAAAACAGCAAGGAUGCUAAUUAAGCCGAUGUUGCUAAAAAACCUGGAACAUUAUCCCAUCACCUUUCAUUACCAGUAUCCGAGUAUAGUCUGGAAACAAAUCAACCGGAUCCAUUGCACGAGCAUGUAGUAAAUAUCCUAAGGGCCAUCACACAAAGAGAAUUGGAAUCUCAUAUAAUCGGAGUAAGUUGAAAAAAAAAACAUAAACCAAAUAAAAGAAUUUAAACAAGCAUUACGUACAUUAUUCUUCUUCUUCCCAG